GCGGCGAAAAUGAAGAAGUUGGAGGAGGAGAUGGAGGAGAAGAAAAAGGCUGCCAAGGAAGAAGCAGCAACAGAAGAAGCAAAAGAGAGAAGACGCAGAGAAGAAAAGCAUGAAGAAUGAGAAUGCAGAGAUGGAGAAAAAAAUCAGCGAGUGGAUAGCUAACUUAUCGUUGGGGGAAGAUGAGGAGGCACAAUUGUUUGUGCCACAGGAAGAGAAGGAGACGUUCGCCAGGGCACUAGCAACGAUUGAGGACCCCCUGGAACGACAGGAGGCAGAGGAGGAGAAGAAGUUGGAGUGGAAGUUGAAAAUGAAGAGGGAAAAGAAGAGGAGGGAGGAAGUUAAUCGGCUGACCGCAGAGGUGGAGAAGGUGAGAGCCUGUAGACAAGAAGUGCAGGCGCAGGCAGAUGUUUCUGCCAAAAUGGAUAAGAUGCUGGGGUAUCUAGAAGUAUUGAGUGAGACCUGGCUGGAGGAACGCCAAGCCAACUCGGGUCACGAUUUGGCCCUGAGUGCUAUGCGGUCAGGGUUUCGAGAGUUUGCGCGCGAUAUGGUUACCCACGUUGGGGCCGAAGUCAGGCGGUUAAAAGAUAACGUGGGGAAGUUUUGUGAGGGCGCCAUUGAGGGUGCCAAAGCCGUAGCCACCGUCGAGAGUGAGGCCAGACCCCGCAAGGAACCAGUUAAGCUCAAGUUCCCAAACGCGUACGGCGGGCAGCCUGAGGAGAAUUUCGAUAACCGGGAGGCUAGCGUAAACAGUUAUGUUUACUUACAGCAUAUCGUACAAGACGACCAGGUCCUUGUAGCCUUCCAAGCCCUCAAGGAGGAAGCAGCUAGUUUUGCUAGGUCCCUCACGCGCGCGGCCGGUUGCGAGAACAACAUGGUCGCUUAUUCCAAGGUCACCCCCCUUCCUCAAUUCUUCAAGCUCCUCAGGGAGCAAUUCGUUGAUCUUCGCAGGGGCGUAAGAGCCUCUGACAAACUCCAAACCAUCAACUCACGGCAGUGGAGGAGUGCCAAGGCACUCAUGGCCGUUAUGGACGACCUGGUGGCCAUCCCGGACUAUGGGGUGACUGAGUCCCAACUGGUCCAACUCUUCUAUCGUGCCAUGCCGGAGUCCUUACAAGGGCAUUUCUUUGACAAAUCCCAACAGCCCACUAUGACGUAUGAUGCGUUGAGUAGAGAAGUGGUGUUGUCCGAAGCAAAGUCAAUGCCAGUUUCCACUUUCUGGCAUAAGGACUUAGAUAAGGGUAAAAAGUGGAAAGGUCGUACCAUCUCUGCCCAAGUCAGGGCCAAGGAUCACAUGAUCCUUACAUUGGAGGAAGGUGGUACUUACGAGGUCCCGUACAGUCAGAUUGAGUGGGGCCUCGAGGAGAAGGACAGUAGCGUGGGACAGGGGAGGUCCUAUGCUGCUGUCGUGGCUUGAGGGAAGCCGCAAGGUAGAGGAGGAGGCCAGGGCCAAAGGGGCCAGGCCAUGGGAGGCCGAGGAUCGAGCGCUCGGACUAUG